GGGUGAUGUGCUUUGCACUUGAGAAGUAAAUAAACCAUAUCAACAGGCAAAGGGUGUGUCGUAGCAUCCUAUUGCACAUCAUCACACAUUUGAUAGGAAUACAAACUCAAUAUAGAAAUAAUAGCGUUUCUUUUAUCGUUUGCACCCUUCUUUAAGGAAUCGAAAAGAGACGUGUGUAGUGCUCUCACGUGCAUUAAUCUUUUAAUUGCUAGAUUAUCAUGAAGGCUUCGGACGUGUUCCACGCGUGGCACCUUACCCCCAUUUUGCUCAAGAGUCGUGCUCAUGACAGCGGUGUCAACCAGUACGGCCUCAAGCCGGUCAACGCCUAUGACUACCUAAAUCCCACCAACCUCGUGAACUUCGGGCGGGGAACCAGUUUCGACAACCUCGGCGUCCGCCGCUCGGAGAGGGGGCAAAUCGACUCCUCACCGUCGCAUAACGGGUUGCCCGUGGUCACACAGGCGAAGUUGUUAGGUCUCAACGGACCCGACGCGAUGAGGAUGUGUGAAAGCGAGAUGAUGCAGCUUCGGGUGUGUAUGGCGAAAGGUGGCAGCACGUGCGAGCGGGAGAAUCGCGUCUUGGAUUUAUGCCUUUCGAAGGUGGGGCAUCUUUGCCAGGCGAUGGGGCAGGCCUGCUCCGAGUUUAACGAUUGGUUUAUCCAGAAUGUGUCGGACAACCACACCAAACCGUUUCAGCACCGACCACAUGACUGGCGUCACCAUUACGCGCAGGAAAAACUCGUCAGGGAGCAGCAGCAGAACGGCAGUGCCUACGGACGUCGACCGAAGGAGUUUUCUUUUGGUGCUAGGUAUGUGAAGACGGAGGGUUAUGGUAAGCGGCCGCGUCUACCGUUCAACAAGUAAGGGAAGGAUGCCUCAUAGCGUGCAAAAUUUCAUUGUUAUUCUUUUUCUUGCUGUGAUACAUAUAGUGUUUUCGACGAGAGAAA